GGAAAGUAGCUAGGAAGGCCUCCCGAAUGCAAUGACGGAGAAAUAGAGGAGACUCAUUAUGCAGAUUCUACAACAAAAACCUCUCUUCUAUCCACCUCGUCGUCCUAAGCUUUCUCAGUCCCUCUUUGGCUCUUUUUCCUUCUCUCUCUUUCUUUCUGACCUAUCCCACACAGUUCACACUUACCCGGCAACUGUAGCUGUCUCUCUAUCUCAUUUGUACACUCCUUCUCACCAUUAAAUACAAAUUGAUUUCCAUAUCUCCUUCCUCAUAUAUAUAACCUUCAACAUCCCACGUUUUCUUAAAAACUCCCACCUUUUACCUUUCUCAAAUAUAUAUAUAUAUAUAUUUCCUCUCUUUAUUGUUGUUCCCAAACAAUAUGUGUUCUCCCAAGAAAAGAGUUUUCUAACACAAACACAAACCCAAACAAACAAGAAAAAGGCUGCAAUAUUUGACCAUGAUUCUUCAAAUUCUUGUUGGGUUUGUGAUAACUUGUUCUCUGGUGAUGAUUCUUCGGAUGCUUCUGUUCAAAACCGGGUUGAUUUACACGGUGAAGAAAUGGUGGAGAUGUAUAGAGAACAUUAUUCAUGUACAGCAAGUUCUCAAAGUCCCCGAAUUCAACGAGAGCAUGCAAGAGAAUCAGCUUUAUCGAAAAGUCUCUCUCUACCUAAACUCCUUGCCCACGCUCGAAGACUCCGACUUCACCAACCUCAUCACGGGUAAGAAGCCGAACGACAUCGUUCUAUGCCUCGAUCCGAACCAGACCAUCGACGACAACUUCCUCGGCGCCAAGGUAACCUGGACCAAUUCCAAGAACUGUUUCGUUUUGAGUCUCAGAAAAGCCGAUAAGCGCAGAAUCCUCCGACCUUAUCUCCAACACAUCCACACGGUAUCCGACGAAAUCGAACAGCUAAAGCCUCGAGAUUUGAAGCUGUACAUGAACAUCAAAGACCAGCAAGGCAACGGACGGUGGAGAUCUGUACCUUUCACGCAUCCUUCGACUUUCGACACCAUUUCCAUGGAGGAAGAUCUCAAAAACAAGGUAAAGUCCGACCUCGAAUCUUUCCUCAAAGGCAAACAGUAUUACCACCGUCUAGGCCGUGUUUGGAGGCGCAGCUUUCUCUUGUACGGUCCUUCGGGGACAGGGAAAUCGAGCUUCGUGGCAGCCAUGGCUAACUUCUUGUCCUACGAUGUGUACGACAUCGAUGUCUCCAAGGUCUCGAAAGAUUCGGAUCUGAACUCGUUAUUAUUAGGAACGACGAGUCGUUCUAUUAUUGUGAUCGAAGAUUUUGAUCGGUUUCUGAUGGAGAAACCAAGGAACGAGAAUUUAUCAGUGAUAAUGAAGUUUAUGGAUGGGAUAUUGAAUUCGUGCGUCGCUGAAGAGAGAUUGAUGGUGUUCACAAUGAACAGUAAAGAGCAUUUGCUAAUUGACCCGGCUGUUCUCAGACCGGGUCGAAUCGAUGUUCAUAUCCAUUUCCCUUUGUGCGAUUUUUCGGGGUUUAAAUCUUUGGCUAGUACUUAUUUGGGGGUUAAAGAUCACAAGCUAUUUGCUCAGGUGGGGGAGAUUUUUCAAACUGGGGCUACUUUGAGCCAAGCUGAAAUUGGCGAGUUGAUGAUUGCUAAUAGGAACUCACCCAGUAGAGCUAUCAAAUCGGUCAUCACAGCGCUGCAACAAACGGACGGUGAUGCUAGGGCGUCGGGGAAGAUCGGGCGGUCGAAGAAGUUUGUUGAAGAAGUGGGCGAAACGGGUGGCGUUUUUUGUAGCGAUACCGGUAGCGGUGGCAGUGGCGGUGGGUAUACGGGUCGGGAGUUUAGGAAAUUGUACGGUUUCUUGAGGAUGAAAAGCAACAAAGUUUCCCAUUCUUUUGAUUCGGGUUCGGAGAAGAGAGAUGGGCGGUGAUUGGUGAUUUGGUGAAUGACCGAUGAUCAUAGCGUUUCGAAACGUUUCUUGUUGGGGGAAAAAGACAGGAGUUUCGAACCUGUCAGAAUUUCAUUUUGGGGAAGAAUAUCCUAAAAAGAAUGUCAUCAAUUGGAGCCAGCCAAAAUUGUUCUAUGUGUAUAUAGUUUGAUUGGUUGGAAUGCUUUGUUCAUACCUUGUUUGCAAUAUGAUUCUAUGAUUCUAUGAUUUUUUCUUUUCUUUUCUUUCUGGGGAAUUAGUUGAUAGUUUGCUUCUCAUUAAUGUUGUAGUAUGAUAGUUUAGUCCUUUGGUCAUGUAAAUGGCAACAUUAGCUUUUGGUUAUUUUUUAAUAGGAUACAAUCAAAUAGAUGAUGAUGAUACAUGUUUCAGUGUA